AAUCACAAACCACAUCCUCUCCCAACCCAGAAGAGUGCUACUUUGGAGUUUUCCAACACAACAACGGCCCCGAUCGGCGAGGAGAGUAGGUAUACGUCCGUUCUCGUUCCAUGCGAGUGAUCGUUGAAGAAGCAAGAAAAAAAAGCUACCUUUUCUGAAGGCGGCAAAGUCCCAUCGCCGUCUCGUCACAGUCUCCACCAACCGCCGCGCCGCGCUAACCGUUCAAUAGUGGAGUUCUUCACAGCAGCAACAUAAAGCGGGGAAUUUAUGAACGUGUGGAAUACAGCAGCCAUCAACUAGUGUAUGAAAGUGUGGAUGGUAGUGUACAAUCGAAUCUAGCGAGCUGCACGCUCGUUUAAACUAGCCUUCUGAAAAGGAAUCUCUUUUUUCCUGUGUGUUCUGUGGAACUUCUAGUUCUGAGGCUAGACUAUCUCGUUGGAUUUGUUGAUUGGCUUGAUUGGCUGCUAAACUAAAGCGCUAGACUGCUGCUAACCGGAGAAGGAGGUAGCUGGAGGAGCUGCUUGCUGCACCAGGCAGAAGCAGCACAAGCCGAGUCUGGCUCAUGGUUUUAAGUUGUAAGAUGUAGCUAAUCCCGUCAAGAAAGUGCGCUAUGGAGCAAAACAUCUUCGACGUAGCGGAUGACAUUUCGUUCCCGUGGCUGCCGGCCUAUGCAGAGGCCACUGCAGCCCCCGAAACGAGCCCCCUGUCAACCGGUUCGAGUCGAAUGCUGGAAACCAUCGUGGAGGAAACCUCAUCCGACGAUGACGAUGGCCGGGGGGAAUCGAGACUCAACUCGCUGGAAGAUCACCAACCGGGAAGCCUGCAAGAGGAACAUAAUGAUGGUGAUCAGCAGCAGCAGGGAUGGUCCCAAUUCGAUCAGGUGUGGAGCUCGGCUGGAUCGGAUACCGGUUCGGUUGUACGAGUUGAUACACCUUCAGAUCAAGACAAUCUAUCCGAGCGGGACUUCAUUUGUCCUCCGAAGCGUCGGAAGCAGGACAACGAUGACGAGGAGGAAGAGGAAUACGUCGUCUGCAACGGUGCUGGAAGCGGUGAGCUGACCGUGGUCAUCAAUGACGGAAAAGGAGAUGCCAAUGGGGGUGGAUAUGGAACCAACACUAGGAAGCCCAGGUUCUACGAGCUGGACGGACUGGAAGUCAAUGAAUAUUUCAUGAGGCGGCACAAUGAACCAAGAUUACGAUUCGACGAGAUUGGCCAUGAUCUGUUCACGGAUUCCGAUAGUCUGUCGUACGCGUCGCUGAGUCGAUCCUCGUCGCUGAUCCAGUUCGAAUCGUUGGAGCGCCAGUUGCUGCAGAAUGAGUCGGUGGCCGUCGCGUCGGCACCCCUGUCCGGAUCGUCGCCAUCGCUGUAUCAGUGUGCUGCUGUAGGGGUGGUGACUGAGGGGGCGGGGUCCACCGCUGAGGGUCUUAGAAGUGCGAUUGUGGUGGGCGGUGAUACGGUUGGGUUCUACUGCAGCCCCAGCAAGAAAGGAAACCUACUUACGGCAUCGAAUCUGAUUCAACAGCAGGGAAAGUUAGUGGCCGGUGGGAAUGCUGUGGGGGCGGGUGGCAAACAACAACCGGUGCUGAAUACAAGUGAUUCUGAGCUUUACUCGUCGUCUAGUGUGAGUAGUUCUAGCAGCGGAGGCAGUGGAAGUAGUUGCAACUAUGCUAGCGACGAGUGCGAUUUGAACAAUCACGAUAAUACACCAAGCCCUAGUGAGUCGCAAGUGGCAAAAAGUUCUUCGGAUGAAGCGGACGGAUUGAAUCGGUGUCCCCAGAGGUGCUCCGAACGACGUCGAUCGUUGAAUCAGCUCCGUACGAAGAAUUCCAUCGAGAGUCUAAGUGAAGAUAGUGGCUAUUGCGAUCAUUUGCAUUUCAACAUGAACAAUCUACGGGUUAAGUCCAAAAGUUGGACCAAUUUCGGUUCGGCUGAAAAUGUUAACACGUUUAUGGAGCCGGUACAGUUGGAUUAUUUCGAGCAAAGGCAUGUUUCUUUCCACCAGGAAAACCGCCUUUCUACGGUGUGCGACGUAGACGAGGAGGAACACGAAGAACACAGCGAAAUGGGAACGAAAGGCCAAGAAGUUCACCGCAUUAAACACUGCAACAGCGAGGAAAGUCUAUCCAAUAAGUACGACCGUAACAAGCCAGAACAUUGGUUUGCCGCGAGCGCCGCGAAAACCAAUAUUCAUAAUUGUACAAAAAUAGAUUUAGACGCAAGUAAACAUUCGCGCUCGACGGGUGCAGGCGAGCUGCCGUUCGUUGUAACGACCAAAGUAAUUCCCCCAUCGUCCUCCUCAUCGUCUUCAGCGUCAGAAUCAGCAGCAUCAACAUCCUCGUCACGGCACAAUUCUAUAGAUUCACUCGAGAUACAUCCAACGUUGUCGUCAGCGACAACAAUUCUAGAUCGUCACCAUCGGGCCGAACCGAAACCUAAAAAUAGUCAUCAUCGUCGCCAGCAGAGGGAUGACAUAGAGCACCAGCUUGCCGUUUCACGAAAACGACCGCGACCACAGAACCAACAGCAGCAGUACCGGCGUCGUAGAAUCAUCAUUUCGGCCAGUUCGCCCGAUCUAUUCAACGGUGAUCAACAUCGUUUUCGCGCUCGUAGCCGGAAGCAAAGUCAACGGAAGGUUAGCGACUUCCUGGAGUACGGUGGCGUCAAUUUCUCAGUGUCCAGUGUGCCAGAGUGUUUGAAUUUGUGCGGGAGCCGAGCUCCGUCGGAGUUUGAAGGACAUUCCGAUUCGGUGGACUCGUUCGAAGUAUGUGAAUCCGGUACAAGUUCCGGUAAUUAUUGUUCGUGGAAUCAGGGCCAAGAAUCGGUGGCCAGUAAGAACUUCAAUUUGUACGAUUUUCAAGAAGAACCGGUCAUUCCAACAGUAGUGAAAAGUGUGAAAACCGUGACGUUCGAGCCGGUGACGAAGCCACGGGUGAACAUUCGUGCAAGUUACGCCAAUUUGACGGUGCUGGAUUACGGUGAUGAAGAAGACGGGAAGCAGUAUUAUUUAAAUAGGAACACAUUUAGAACGAGUAGUGGAACAAGACUGGGUGGAGGCAAAGACAUGGCAGCUAGUUCGUGGAAUCCGAAGAAAACUUUCGACGAGGGAGACGAAGAGGACAGGCUGUUUCCGGUUGACGGCGACGAAAAGAACGCUUUCAAUUCUCUUUUGGACGAAAUUUCCGCUCACUUCGAUCGCAAUCUAUCGAUCAUCAACGAUCAAGCAGAAGCGUACGAACCAAUCGCAGCGUUUUUGCACGAACAACGAUCGGCAGCGGCACAGCCAUCGACUUUCAGCGCGCUGGUCGCGUCCCCACCGCAACCUCCCCCGCGUCGAACGCAAAUCAAAACAAACCCCCACCACUCGACGCCUCCGGUUGCUGUGCGAUCGCCACAACCCCCACCGGAAACAGGCAACCAUAGCCGAAGGACCUUCGAUCAGGAUCCGACAAAUCUGGUCACCUGCUACGCUGCCAGCUUAGAACGUUGCACGUUCGAUCCGACUGAAUCCACCCUCAACUUAUAUAACGGCAGCAACCAAGCAAGUGAUCUGAAUAUUAAUCAUCCAAGUGCUGUACGCAGCUAUGCCCCGGUGGUAGUAGCCAAGCGUGAGUUUGUCUCGAGCACUCCGAACCUAAAUUACUACCACGGCUGCAGCGACGACGAAGGUGGCCUAAACGCCCACCACAACUCGCUCAAGAAUGUCAGCUGCCUUGAAAUCGGUGCAACUGGAGAUCUUACCUCCAGAAGCAUUGGCAUUCUCACAGCCGCCUCCAGUUCCAAAUGUGGCCUGUCCAAGGGCGUCAGUUUCUGUCCGAUUGUAUCGGAAAUCAUCUGGAAGGAUAACUCAUCCGACGUAGACCCAGAUGACAACGCCAGCGUAAUCUCCAAUCAGGACUUUGAGAUCGAUAUCGAUGACGAAGAUUUCGACCAGGAUGACUACGAUCACGCCAACCUGAUCGCAACCCAAACAAACACCCUCAUCAACUCCAACAGUGUGGAAACGGGCCUGUGUGAGCUAAUAAAUCACGCUGAUUCAUCAUUCAUCAAUUAUCAUCCGAACGCCGACGGUGACAAUCAUCGUUAUCAUCAUCAACCGCCUCGUGUGCCGACUCCGGACUUCGACUACAACGAUCACUUCGCACUCGAUGACAUCACGAUGCACGAACCUCUCUCGCAAGGCACGAGAGAGCGUGCCGAGAGCGGCGAAGAUCGGAGUGAGCGAGACAGCGCUAGGUGCAUCGGCAGCGUAAACAAUGAGAUCGGACACGACGACGUCGCCAGUACGAAAGUGAUCAUCGCCGAGAAAGGUUCCACGAUGGCGUCCGCGAUCGCGAAUGGGGUUGACGCUAGCAGAAACAUGAUCGCCGCCGAAUCAUCGUCGUCAUCAGCAAAUGCGGAAAGUGCACCCGCUCCUCCUGAAGUUAAUGAUAACAGUGUGCCACAAGUGCAGCAAAAGUUCGUUAACAAUAAUAACAAUCUGAUAAAGAACUUCAAGAAUGGAAAAGCGGAGAAGAAAGGGAAAACGUUCUUAUCGCGAUUGUCUUCUGGUUUCCGAUUUUCAUUCCGUGGCAAAUCGAAGAAAAACAAAGAUGGUGCAAUUGGGGCGUCGAAUGGGAAGGUUGGCAGCACUGCCUUCGGUAAUGAUAACAGACAAUCGUCGUCUGCAGUGAAAAUUAAGGAGUCGGGCAAUGAUAAAGUGGUGUCAUCUGAUUUUAUCUAUAUUCCGUUGAAGGAUCCGUUUGCAAAGCAAUCGGAUGGGAUUGAUGGUGGGGGUAAUAGUGAAGAAGAUGUACUGGAUGCGGAAGAGUACUAUUUGCGUCAGUUUGCCAGCGGUCAGGAUGAGACCGAUAGGGUUUACAGCAGUCCGAAUGAAAGUGAUGUCACAUUCCGUUCGGAUUCGUCGUCGAUUAUAAAUUCGACCCCAACUGGCACAGCUUCAGGUGGGGUUCAGGUUGGUGGUCAACAACGAAACCACGUGUUGAGCGGGAAACCACCCUUGCCGAAGCAACCCCCAAGGGUCGUUGGUGUGUGUGCGAAACGUUCUACCCCAACCGGGAGAUACGCGCAUGCCCAGCAAUUACGAGCCUCGUCGACUCCACCGAGAACGGAAAUCGAUCCGGACGAAAGCCACGGCAACUAUUACCACCAGUACACCAACGACACUGAUACGGGCUCGAACGGUGGUCAGGCUGUCGAAGGAUCGUUAUCCGCGGCCGUCGGUCGGUACAACAGUGCUAGAACCAGCAGCAGCAACCAGAAGCAGCAUCAGUUAGUCGCUGAAAACGCUAAUUACUUCAAUCACAUCAUGGGCAGUGAGCAGAAAAUUGGUCUCAUCGAGACAAACUUGGAUACGCACGAGACGGUCAUAUCGGGCAAGACCCGUUCGCUGAUGGAACUUGGCGGUCCGUCUUCCCACAUGCACCAACUGCAGGUGCAUCAUGGCGGAGGCGGAAACCAAAUGGGUGGUGAUGGAGGUGGCGGGGGUUCAAAACGGCUGGGCGGUGGCGUUAAUGGGAUUAAGGACCGCCAGACGACAGCCACUGCCAACGAACCCGGAAGGCCACACAAGAGCAUGGAGUUUCUGCUGGAUAAGGAAAAUCAUCGAAAUGUUUUGCCUCCGGAGAACGAGCUCCAAAAAUCGCACGAAACCGGAACGAACCUGAGCGAGCACCAGCUGCGAGUGCAGGCCUCCCUGCAGCGACUGAACAUCCCCGACUGGUACAAACAGUACUCGGGCAAAGAUGGGGCCCCCAAUCAGACCGCGCCCAACGCCACAGCCACGCCCGGUGCCGGAGGAAUCCUGCGGAAACGGAACUCGGACGUGGGCCGGUGGACCGGCCUCAGCUCGAAAACCACCUCGCUCAGUUCGCUGGGAUCGCACCGAUCCGAUCGGAGUCCCGUAAUGCUUAGUCCUUCGGCGCACAGUCAUCACGGUGGCCAGACCGGCUUUUCCCGGUGGUCCACCUCGCACCUCAACUCGAACCAGACGUCGCCGAGCGUUUCGACGAGGGGCUCCUUUACGCGGGGUGGCCUCAAUGCCAGUGUGAUUUCCGGGUACUCGACGGCUUCGACGACGGCCGGUACCACGGCGUCGUCGGUGGCCGGCGGGGCCAACAGUGCAAUCCGGAACUCAUUCCGACAGCCGUACCUCGGCUGGAGAAGCCAGGAAAAGCUAGCGCAACCACGGACGCCCGCCGAGAGGCUCGCAUCAUCGCUGCUCUCCCAGCAGAAGCUCAAGGAGCAACAGCAACAGCAGCACCAUCACCAACAUCAGAACCAGCAAAAAGUAGAACCAGUAGUAACACCGGAGAUCCAGUCAUCCAUCAAAGAGGUCACCUCCGCGAUUGUACAUUAUGUAAAUGACCAAACCAACCGACACUCACGCAGUAGAUCCACUAGUCCAAGCCAAAGAUGUUGGCUAGAAAGUUCGUUCGUUGGCACCAAACCGUUGGACUCCCCGCAGACGCCCAUGAUCGACAACAGCAGUGGCUCAGCACAAGUCGUCGUCCUGCAGCAUCAACAGCAAAUCAGCACUAGCAGCAGUAGCACGAUGGCCGGGGAUCACUACCGGUACAAUGCCGGCCGGAUGAAUGGCGUCGUGACUCCGACGGUUCCGACUUUCUCCCUGCCACCGGACCAUCUGCAAUCGCCCGGAUCAGCGACCCUCGAAGACGUGCUCGCCUCGCUGCUGGGCUUACCGACCGUCACUCACAGGUCCUCAGUGGAUUCAGCUAAUUCCUGUCUAACGCCGACAGUUUCCAGUAACCAUACGCUUCAGAUCGAACCCGUGCAGACUCGGAGGAGAAGUGAAGGAGACGCCGGUAGGAAACGCAACGAUAGCGGAGGAUCCGGUGCCGUAAGCAGUGCUGCCAGCAGUAAGGAUGCCCACAGCCGACGGGUAUCGUUGGAUUCGUGUGACGCGACCCACAAAAGCCACGGGGAACCACUCAAGUGUCGUUACCCGAAGUGUGAUGCCACGGCCACAAUCGCCGAGGCGAAAAAGUCCUACAAAAGCUGCCACAACUGUUCCCAUCUGUACUGCUCGCGGGAAUGCCGAAGGGCUCACUGGGAAAAACACCGGAAGGCUUGUUUGCAUUCGCGAAUUUCCGCUUUGUGUAGGCUGGUGCUGUCCACCUGUAAGGACGACCCCGACACGUUAAGGCAUCUGAGCCAUCUGGCCAGGCGCGGUUACUUGUCGCAAGGACGAGGUGUUGUUAGAAUACUAUUUCGCAGUCCGGAGAAUGCGGAUUCGUUCAUAAAGCAGGGUUUUCAGUGUUUGGGUGAAGUGUCGUACGUGCGCUGGCCAGACUUGCUCCCGUCGGAGAUGGGUCCGGAACUGUACUCGGAGUUGCUCAAGCUGAGCACCGAAUACAAACCCGAUUCGAAGAUGUUGAUCUACGUGGCGAUCUGCGUCGUGUCGGAAGCUCCGGGAAAUGCUACCGCCCCGGUCAAAUGGGAACGCCAGCUGGUUUCGCGAUGCGCCAAGCUCAAAUUGUGCAAAUCGGUUAUUAACGAAAUCAAUAAUUCACCCGUUGAAAAGCAAAUUCCGAGGAAGGAAAGUACAACCGAUGUGCUGAUUUUGUCGUUUAACAUUCUCUCGAAAACUACGCAGAAAAGUCGGGAACUAGUGUCGCAGAACAUUCAAAGCGUACUGCGCCAGCGUGGCGUCAUCCUGCGAAAGCAUUAUCCCGAAGUCUUCCAGCGGCUGUCCACGUUUGUUGAAGGUUCAACUGAUCGGUUCUUGCCGGUGACUGUUCAUCCGAGAGAUAGCGUUACCGGUCGACCCUUUGUUUGCAUCAUUAUGCCGAAUUACGGCGAUGCGGAAAAGUUACAGUUUCCCAUUUCAGAGAACGGAGAAGACGAUCGAGUGGUCACGAUGGACGUUGGGAUCGAGCUAGAAGCGAUGGAAUCAGCAAGCAAUCUGUAAGUUUUUGAAGACGUUGAAAUCGUUGGGUUGUGCAAAAGAACCGGUGUAGAUCGAGUUCUAAGAACUGACUUAAUACUUCACUUUGAUCACGGACAAUGAAAGACUUCCAACGAGCAUCGCUUCCGGGUCCUGGAGCUUGAGAACCAUCGUCAAGCGACUCCCGGAGAAGAUCAGGUAAGUGUAACACAAUAAUGAUAACGGAAACGAAGAAGGGUAUAAACCAACAACUGAAAACGCCAAAUUUUUGAUACUCCGUAGAAUAGGAUAAUUCAAUCCGAUGGGCACUGAGACCCUUAGAUGUUACUGUAAAAAAAAUGCGUGCUAGUUUUUUGUCAUUCAAGACUUAUAUAGUAUUGUAAGUAACCAUUACACAAGUUGUAGAUUUUCCCUGUAAAAAAUCGAUCGUAACUUUGAAUGUUCCUAGUGGUUAUUUUCUCAUUCCUCGCCUGAACCCAAAACUUUAUCUCUAAAACACUAGUCAAUAUGGAUAUUAGACCACAUUUAUAUCGUUGAAGUUCGUCGAAAAUCAGUUUUCAUCUACAUAUUGUUUCGAUUAUUUGUGAUUCUUCCUAUUUCUGAACGGAAUCAUCAUUCGAGUAGAGUAAAAUUGAACAGCGUUGUUGAACAAUAAUCGGAAAAGUUAAUCCAUCAAUUACCAUCGAGUUUACCCGCCCAUUAUUAUAAAAAUUAAAUAUAGAGAUAUUGAUAAGACACAAUCACUUUCAUGAGCAAUGUUGUAACAUUCAAUUCGUUAAUGGAAUCGUUAUUUAGAGCAUUGUUGGCGUCGUUUAGAUCAGAUAGAUCAGAAGAACCUUAGAACUAAAAAGCUCCAGAAAUUGAGACCACGUCAGGUAAACUGCGUAAGUACACACAGAUUCAUAUCGAAAGAUGACAUGGGUAUAUACAAAAUCUUGUCAGUAGCAGUAGCAAACUAUCCGAUCGAAUACUAAGCGACCACUUUCGGCUUGAUGUCGAAUGAAAACCGAUGCAUUUAA